AUGUCCACGGUUCAUCCUCGUCCACCUGUCGACGUGGGCCCUGGGUGGCUAUAUGGGGAGAUCGAAGGAAGAUUAGGCCUCCUUCCAGAAACAUAUGUGAAGCCUGUCGGUGAAUCUGCACAUUCAGCUCAUACACGACCAAAUGUCACGAUUGAUCCGUUUGACCCAUUCGGUGUGCAUAAGAAUCAAAAGCCCUCUUCUGGAAUCAUUAUUUAA